GCGUCGCAAUUCGAGCGAUUCGGAAGCGUUUUGCCCACGUCCGAGCAAAGAAGCAUAUAUAUAUAUUUCUUUCUAUAUAUAUAUAUAUAGAUAGUCGGUUCUUCUACGCGCGUGCUACAAAUCCAAAGUCUUGCAUAUACCCAGAAAUUAUAAAUAAAUUUUCAUUUUUUCCCGGCAACUAUUAAAUACCACUGCUGUGUGUGUUUUUUGGUGUGUGUUUUUGGAGAAUACAAUACAAAACCAUUUCGAAAACAAUUUAAAAGUGCUCUCCGAAUUUGAUACGAGUAAAUAAUGCGCACAGCAAGCAGCAGUCAAAGCUAAUUAAUUUCGAUAAGCAUCCAAAAUAAAUCAGCGAGAACGUUUGUAAACAUUACUCCGGAAUAAUACGAGAACACACACAAAAUGGAUAGCAGCAAAUUACUGAAGAAUGUCUACGGCAUCGACAUACAUUUCGAAGAUCUCGUCUACCAGGUCAAUGUACCCAAGAUGCAAGAAAAGAAAUCGGUGCUAAAGGGUAUUACAGGAACAUUUAAGUCGGGCGAACUGACCGCAAUAAUGGGUCCCUCGGGGGCAGGUAAAUCUAGUCUAAUGAACAUCCUCACGGGUCUGACCAAAACCGGUGUCAGCGGGAAGAUAGAGAUCGGGAAGGCCCGCAAGUUGUGCGGUUACAUUAUGCAGGACGAUCACUUCUUUCCCUACUUCACCGUCGAGGAAACGAUGCUGAUGGCGGCAACACUUAAAAUCUCCAACAAAUGCGUCAGUCUACAGGAAAAAAGAACUCUGAUCGACUACUUGCUGAACUCGCUGAAACUGACCAAGGCGCGUCAGACGAAGUGCUCCAACCUGAGUGGCGGCCAGAAGAAGCGCCUGUCCAUCGCAUUGGAGCUGAUAGACAAUCCAGCGGUGUUAUUUUUAGACGAGCCCACAACUGGUCUGGACAGUUCCUCCUCCGUCGACACCAUCCAGCUGCUGCGCGGUUUGGCAAACGAGGGCCGCACCAUUGUGUGCACGAUCCACCAGCCGUCGACCAACAUCUACAAUCUCUUCAACCUGAUCUACGUGCUGAGUGCGGGUCGAUGCACCUACCAGGGCACGCCCCAGAACACGGUCAUGUUUCUCAGCAACGUGGGCCUGGAGUGCCCGCCCUACCACAAUCCCGCCGAUUUCCUGCUGGAAUGCGCGAACGGCGAUUACGGGGAUCAGACCGAGACGCUGGCAGAAGCCGCCAAGGACAACCGCUGGCGAUACGAUCAGCAACUGAUGCAGGGAGAGACUGCCGAUCCGCCCAGUGAAACACAGGUGGCCAAGUUCAACGAAUCCCAGUCACCUGGGCAGGUUCAGGUGCAGGUCCAGAAGAUCGAAAUCCAGAACAUGGCCUCAUCGAAGGAUCUGACCAGGCACACGUAUCCGCCCACGGAAUAUAUGCGCCUCUGGCUGCUAAUCGGUCGCUGUCACCUGCAAUUCUUCAGGGAUUGGACAGUAACCUAUCUGAAACUGGCCAUUCACAUAAUCUGCUCCGUUUUAAUCGGUCUGUUCUUUGGCGAUUCGGGUAGCAAUGCCACCAAACAAAUAUCCAAUGUUGGCAUGAUUAUGAUCCACUGCGUAUAUCUCUGGUACACCACCAUUAUGCCGGGCAUUUUGAGAUAUCCCUCUGAAAUUCAGAUCAUCAGGAAGGAAACGUUCAAUAAUUGGUACAAACUGCGAACCUAUUACAUUGCCACUGUUAUCACUUCCACUCCAGUUCAUAUUAUCUUCUCGACCGUUUAUAUAACGAUAGGAUAUCUGAUGACGGACCAGCCCAUUGAAAUGGAACGAUUUGUGAAAUACCUGUUGAGUGCAGUGGUGGUUACUAUUUGUGCGGAUGGUCUGGGCGUAUUCCUGGGCACCAUCUUAAAUCCAGUGAAUGGUACUUUUGUGGGCGCUAUUUCGACAUCUUGUAUGCUGAUGUUCUCCGGCUUUCUCAUCCUGCUGAAUCACAUUCCGGCGGCCAUGCGAUUUAUGGCCUAUAUAUCGCCAUUGCGUUAUGCACUGGAAAACAUGGUAAUCUCGCUAUAUGGAAAUCAGCGGGGACAGUUGAUCUGCCCGCCCACGGAGUUUUAUUGCCACUUCAAAAACGCCGUUACUGUGCUGCGACAAUUUGGAAUGGAAGGCGGCGAUUUUGGCCACAACAUCAUGAUGAUCCUGAUCCAAAUAGCGAUCUUCAAGGUCCUGGCCUACUUUACUUUGAAGCACAAGAUGAAGACCACUUGAAGUGGGGGCUAUGCUAUGUUUGCUUUUAGUAUUCGGCUUAAUUUGAAUCGAAUGUGAUUUUAUGUUACUUAUCGCUUAGUUGCAAGUAAACCCAACCUUUUUAUAUCGGCGUGUGAUACUUUAACAAAUGCAACGAACCAUUGCAAUGCCAAUGCCAACUGUUGCGGCAACCUCUAAGCAUAGCGAAUCAUAGUUUUUAUACAGUUUAUGUAUGGAUAACAAACAUUUAUAUACGUGUAAUUAAUUGUCUAGUUAACCUAUUUUUAAGCGAGACCUGUAUGAACAAACGAAAUAAAAAUGAUGUUUAAGUAAAUUA